GACCGGGGCAGGUAAACUGUUACUGGCGCACUUGGAAGUAGGGAACAAGGGACGGGGGGCCAGCUAGCACUCCGUACACAGGCGCAGGACAGGCAGGGCAGGCGCUGGGAUGCGACGCGAUGCGAUGCUGGGCACGCGGCGCUACCUACUUACUGCUGCUUGCUGCUUGCUGCGUGCUGCUUGCGCUUGCUGGGGGAGCAGCCAGCGUUGCGAUCAGUGGUGGUUGUGCGUGAGUUUGUGUGGAGUGUCUGGGCAGAGUAAACUAGCAGGAACAGUAACCCAAGACCCCAGUAACGCCCCGUGUCGUGCAAGAGGGAAAAAAAAAAUACAAAAAAAAAAAAACCACCCCUCUCCGAAAAGAGCGUUGAAGCUAACGCGCCCAAUUAUUACGGACCCGGCCUGAAGUCAGCGCCUCGAUCCGCCGAGAAAGUGACGGCUAUUGCUCCUUUGGUCUUAGUGCUGUGCUUAGGCCCUGCAGCUCGUCCAAUUCGGUGGGACUUGAGGAGUUGCAAGACCAGCCAAAGGGUAAAUAAUAUGGUAAGGUUGGUAGCGC